ACCCUGCUUUCACCAGGGAGCAGUCAAGCAAACAAAACACCCAUGUGAAGUCCAGCUUCACGCUGCACCUUGGCCCCUGCUCCCAGCCCCUCCCUGUGACACCGGGAAGGGGAAAGUACAAAGGCACAGCCCAGGGAUCCACGCUGCCUCGCAGGAGAGGAGAUGGCAACUGUGGGGGGGUGGACGGAUGCCUGGGCCCUGCGCCUCGGGCGCCUGCUCCUGCCUCUGCUCUUCCUGGGGACAGCAGGUUCCCAGCUGCAGGUGACCACGGCGCCCUCCUCCACGGCCUGCGUGGGCUUGGGGGCCCUGCUGCAGUGCCGGUUUGAUGUCGGGGGGCCCGUGGCCCUGGACUCCCUGCAGGUAACAUGGUAUUUCUGGGAGGAGAAGGUGGCCUGGUAUGACCAGGGCAGAAGAAAAGCCCUGCGCGGAGCCAACCUGCCAUCGGAGAAGGAGCUGCAGAGCGGAGACGCCUCCCUGUCGCUGGCUGCAGUGACCGUGCCCAAUGAGGGCUUGUACCGGUGUGUUGUGGGGUACAAGGCACAGCAGCACAAGGGGGAGACCACCCUGCACCUGCUCGCUGCCCCCACGAUCUCCAUCCCAAGAAAACCAGCUGUGGCGGAUGCUGAGACCUCCCUCCUGUGCCACGUGGGGCGGUUCUUCCCCAAGGACGUGGAUGUGGCGUGGCUGAGAGACGGGCAGGUCCUGAAGGGCUUCACCCGCUCCAGCCCCCACAGGAACGCGGAUGGGACCUUCAACCUCACCCUGACCUAUACCUUCACCCCCACCCACAACGACGCCGGCAACAUCUUCUCCUGUCACGUCCACCAUGCGGCACUGGAGCAGCCCAUACAGGAGGACGUCACCCUGGACAUCCUAGCAGGGGAUCGGACCGGUGCCGUGGUUGGAGCCGUUCUGGGGAUCCUGCUCGGAGCAGGAGCUGCAGCCGCUGCAGCCAUUUACUUCUGGAGGAAUAGAAAAAAAGGCUGGACAGUCUCCUACAAUGUCCCAGAGGUGGAGGUGCCGGAGCGGUGCCUGCUGGGCCAGGAGGUGACCCUGCGCUGCUCCAUGGAGGGGACGUUCCCCGAGGACGUGGCCGUGACAUGGGAGAGGAUCCACAGCGAGGACAGGACGGUGCCUGAGAGCGCUGGGGACCAGGAGAGCCCCGAGCACCAGCCGCUGUUCCCCGCCCUCCCCCCGGGCUGGAGAGUGACCGAGGAGAGAGCUGGGACCCGCCUCACGUCCUCCCUGACCUUCACCCCCACGCUGCAGGACCACGGGGCGCGGGUCCGGUGCGUCUUCCUCCACAAGGCCAAACGGAUCAGAGAGGAGCGAGUGUCCCCGGAGAUCCGGGUGUGGGCCCGGCCGCAGGUGUCUGAAAUCCAGGUGUUGCCGGAGUGGGACCCUCGCGACAAGGUGCCGUUUGCUGUCCAGCUCCACAACUUCUACCCCAGGGAGGUGCCCCCGAUCCAGUGGGGCUGGGACGGGGCCGAGAACGGGAAGGAAGACCCCGCGCAGAUAGACAAGAACGGGGACGGCACGUUCACCACGACGAGCGUCUGGAGAGUGCCCAGCCGGAGCCUGACCCGGCCGGAGCUGCGAGUGCGAGUGUGCGUCCAGCACGGCCCCGGAGAGCCCCCGAGCGAGAGAGAGCUCAGCCUGAGGGCCGCGGGUCUCCUGCGGCCCCCGGACAUGUCCGAAAUCUCCCUGACCGAGUCCGUGGCCAAGGGGAAGGGAGUCACCCUGAGCUGCCUCAUCGCGGGGCAUUUCCCGGGGGAGCUAAGUGUGACCUGGCUGAAGAGGCGGAAGGAGAAGAAAACUCCUGUGAUCCUGCGGGACUCGGAUAAGUACAGGGUGGAGCCCGGCACGGCCGUCCUGGCACGGGACGGGAAGAGCUUCCAGCAGGAGACCAGACUCAUCCUCUUGUCACCAAAGAAGAAGGAAAAAGAGUACAUCUGCCGCGUGGGACACCUCACCCUGGAGACCCCCAUCGAGAGGAGCACUGACUGCCGUCCGCGCCCUCCGCACCUGGGGGAGGUCUCCCACCCGCAGGCCCUGGUCCCGGGGCAGCCGGAGACCCUGCGGUGCCUCAUCUCGGGGUUUUACCCCGGGCAGCUGGCAGUGACGUGGCUGCGAAAGGGAGCGGGAGAGAAGGCGCCCAGGCCCCUGGAGAGCUCAGACCCCCACAGGAUGCACACCCCCGCCCCCAGCCCCGCGCCGGACGGGAAGUCCUACAGCGUGGAGUCCGAGCUGUGCCUCCCCCCCGCGGGGCCCGAGGACGACGGGGUGGAGUACCUGUGCCGCGUGCAGCACGAGGCCCUGAAGGAGCCCGAGUCCAGGUCCAGCGGGCGGCUGCGGGUCCAGGCCAGAGAGCAUUCUCCAGAGCCUCGAACAGCUGAGGAGGGAGGAGGCAGCUGAAGACAGAGGCAGCGUCACCAGCACCACGUCUCGUGUGCUCACCCAGGCGGUGGCAGAGAUGGUGCUGGUAGCUGGACUGUACUUGCUGGGCUGGGCUGGGGGAUCAACCUGGGGCUGGGGUGCAGGACCCAGGGACUGCAUCAUGCCUUGGUCAUCCUGGGUCUAUGUUGGUAGGGGCUGCUCUUGCUGUCUCCCUUCCACACAUGUGGUCAGGCCUGGUGAGGAGCCCAGGGCUGGGGGUGUCUCUGCCUCUCGGUCCAUAUGGAGCCCAGCCCCGUGUAGCCCUGGGCUGCUGCAAUAAAGAUGACAGUACUGAUGCU